UUUCAAUUCUUAUGUCAUUGAACUAUGCUGUCGCUGUCAACUGAAUUUUCUUGAAAUUUCUUAUUUCUAACAAAGAAAUCUUAUGUAGUUUUGUCUUAGCAUAUGUUCUGGAUUAUUUCCAGAGAUAUUCUGUUUUGUAGCGAUUAUCUACAUAUUCUUGUACAGUGUUUUUUAUCUAGAGUCCAAAUGGCAGGAACCAGUGAUCGCCAUUAUCAAAACGACACGAGUAGCGAUACAGAGGAUUAUGCAGACGAUCGAAGAAGAAAAGUUUUCAAAACUCGCUUGAGUUACGGGUCUCACUCCAAACCUAAAUCCUGUCUGGUUCAGCGUGGUUCUGUAUCAACUGGCGACCUGCGAUGUCAUUUAGGGCCUCCUCCAUCAAAACAGUGUUAUGGUUUGCUUGCUCGCAGGACUCGUUUAUUGCAAAUCCCAGGUCAAAGCAAAGGACCACAAACUGGACUUGGAGGACCGCAGUCGCCACAGCAGCAGCUAACAGGUCCCUCUGUGGUUAGUGAAGAUCGUGUUACAUUAGUGGUAGAUAAUACAAGGUUUGUUGUUGAUCCGGCCUUAUUUAUUGCCCAUCCCAAUACAAUGUUAGGAAGAAUGUUUAGUUCAACUUUAGAUACCCAUUCAAAUGAGAGAGGUGAAUAUGAAGUAGCUGAAGGAAUACCAGCAUCUGUUUUUCGAGCCAUUUUGGAGUAUUAUAGAGGAGGCGUUAUUAAAUGUCCACCUUCCAUUUCAGUACAAGAAUUAAGAGAAGCUUGUGAUUAUCUGUUAGUUCCAUUUGAUGCCUCCACUGUAAGAUGUCAAAAUUUAAGAGGUUUGCUUCAUGAAUUAUCCAAUGAGGGAGCACGUUGUCAAUUUGAAGUUUUUCUUGAAGAACUAAUUUUACCAUUAAUGGUCAACUCUGCUCAAAGAGGAGAUAGGGAGUGUCAUAUUGUGGUUUUAUUAGAUGAUGAUAGUGUAGACUGGGACGAAGAGUAUCCACCACAGAUGGGUGAAGAAUACAGUCAGACUGUUAACAGCACUGCCAUGUAUAGAUUUUUUAAAUAUAUCGAAAAUAGGGAUGUUGCAAAGCAAGUUUUAAAAGAUAGGGGUCUAAAGAAAAUCAGACUGGGAAUUGAAGGCUAUCCAACAUACAAGGAGAAAGUAAAAAAGAGACCAGGAGGUCGAGCUGAAGUAAUUUACAACUAUGUUCAAAGACCCUUUAUUCAUAUGUCGUGGGAAAAAGAAGAAGCUAAAAGCAGACAUGUAGACUUUCAGUGUGUCAAAUCUAAAAGUGUAACCAAUUUAGCAGAAGCAACCGCAGAUCCAGCUUUGGAACUUGAUGCUAGAGGCAACCCAAUUGUGACUGCUACUAUUGGAGAUGCUGCUGUUGUGGACUUACCAAAUAUUGCUGAUAAUGAAGAAGGAGCUGUUGGCGGUCUUCCAGACUUAUUUCCGGCAAACAAUUUACCUCCAGAUGAUGGGAACAUAUAACUAUCCAUAAGAAGGGCUUUUCAUUUAUAUUAAAUAGUGUUUUAUGUUAAAAACCUUUUAGAAAAAUUAUGGUUCAAUUGUUACCUUUUUUAGUAAAAUCAUAAACUAAAAAUCAUUUUUUAUGUAUAAAAUAAAGGUCAUCUUUAAUUUUAUUUGAAGCGUUCUGAUUUUUUUUAUAACUAUGUAAAACUUAUAAAUUUAUAUAAAACAUAAAAAACGGUAAUUAUAAUCAUACUUAUAGACUGAUCUAUGGAUAUAUAUUUAAAAAUUACAUUUAAGAUAUUUUCUACUAUAGAUCUUAUUGAGAUAUAAACUUUAGGGUGGGCCAAAAAAAUUGACUAUUUUUUUCACAACCUCAAAAAAUUCUCUCCAAGUAUGAGCUCUUAAUUUUAAUAGGAAGGUCUUCCGCCUUUCAGUUUUCAAUUUUUUUCUUAUUAGAAGCUCAUACUUGAAAAGAAUUUUUUUGAUGUGUCUACAAACCAGUUUUUCAGAGUAUAAAGUGAAAAAAAGUAGUCAGAUUUUUUUGGCCCACCCUAAUAACUUGCUUGAUUACUGUGACAUAUUAUAUUUGAUUUCAACACUAUUAUUUUUGGAAGUCGUUUUUAAUAUUGUUAUUAACAUAAAAUGUUUAAGUGAUCAUAUGUUUGACUUAUACCUCUACUAAAAGUAAGUUACACUAUUAUUUUAUACAGCCAAAUAAAUUAUUAUAUUUUAUUUAGAAAUCCCAGAUUAAACUGAUAUGGCUGUGUUAUGUGCUCAGAUAAUUUUAAUACAGUGGAAUAUUCUGAUUAUAAUAUACUAACAUUCCCAUAGUUGGUUUAAAAGACAAAGACUAGUGUGUUUUUCUAUCACAUUGCUCAUUUUGUCCCUGAAAAUAUCUUCAAAUAUUGUAUAAAUUUUUAUUUUAUACUAAGUUGUCUCGUUUGUAUGUUUCUUUUUAGAUUUUAAAUAAAUCUUAAAUUAUUGUA